GUAAGGGGAGCACUUACCCUGAACUAGAUGAGCAAAUUGACUUUCUGUCUGCCAUUAUCAGUGAGCAGAGAACUGAGUCUGUGGUGCCAGUCCCAUCCUCCCAGGAUGUGUCAUCGAAGCCGCUCAGUGAGCCCAGCUUCACAGACAGAGGACCCCCUACAGAGCAGCCCACCAGCACCACACCCACCAGUACAAUCACACCCACUACAAACCACACCCCUGGUCUGUUCAGUGAUCCYAUCAUCAUCUCCUACCCCUCCAAUGACUUUGUGUUCAUCA